UUUGUUUGUUUAUUGUAGAAUCCAAGAAUUCUGUCAUUCUUGUAAGGACUGUUGUCAAGAAUGGACAGAAAAAUUUAAAUGAACAUCUGUUUGCGGUAAUUUUGGUGGGGAAUGAGAUUUGGAAUACUGUCUGUUAUUUUCAGAUAUGUUCCUGGUUUGAUGACCAUGGCUUCGAAUGUAAGGGAAGAAAACAACAAAAAACGUAGAAACAAGCAACCAACGAUAUCGACUGGCAGUGACAAAUCUGACCCAGAGGUGACACAUUCGUUAUGGCGCCGAGGACGCUAUGCCAACCCAUGGCCGACAUGGAAGGAUGUGACGCUUGGGAAUGCGAUCAUGUGGAAGAUGACAUCCAAGGAUAACAGCAAGAUUCCAUCAAAACAGGAACUUGAUCGAACUCUACCCAUAGUCACACCAGAAUUCGAGCGAUAUCCACCCCCAAACGGCAUCAAGGUAACAUGGCUCGGUCAUGCAACCGUUCUCGUCCAGUUCGAUGGACUCAACAUACUCACAGAUCCCAUCUUCAGUCAACGAUGCUCGCCUGUUCAAUUCAUGGGUCCGAAACGUUACCGGGAUAUCCCCUGUACCGUUCAUGACUUACCUAACAUUGACGCUGUACUCAUCAGUCAUAAUCAUUAUGAUCAUUUGGAUUACCAAACUGUUCAGCUUUUGAAUGCUCGUUUCGGUUCAUCAACACGGUGGUUUGUACCGAUGGGCCUGGCUUCAUGGAUGUAUACUGUUGGUUGUGACAAUGUGAUUGAGUUAGACUGGUGGGAUGAGAACUGUAUUCCUGAUCAUUCAGAGGUCAAGUUUGUCUUCACGCCUGCUCAGCAUUGGUGCCGGAGGAGUGCUAUCGAUGAAAACCAGGUUUUAUGGGGUAGCUGGACUGUGAUUGGACCAAAAAACAGAUUCUUUUUUGGGGGUGACACAGGUUAUUGUAGUGCCUUUGAUCAAAUUGGGAAGAAAUAUGGACCGUUUGAUUUAGCAGCUAUUCCGAUCGGAGCUUAUGAGCCAAGGUGGUUCAUGAAAUAUCAGCACGUUGACCCUGAGGAAGCAGUCCAAAUCCACAAAGACCUCAAGGCCAAGAAAUCACUUGGCAUUCACUGGGGCACGUUCCCUCUGACAAAUGAGUUCUACUUGGAGCCUGCUCACAAGCUAAAAGCAGCUUUGGAAGAGAAACAAAUAUCCCUGAAUGACUUCUUUGUGCUGAAACACGGCGAGACGCAGCACGUCCACGGAGACAGCAUUGAAGACGUUGACUAGUCAUCAUAGUACAUUUAUCUGAAGAAGAAUAUCUAUGAACAAUCAUCAGAUCUACAGCUAGGUCAUAUUCCUUCAUGGUACAUUUAUCUGAAGAAGAAUAUCUAUGAACAAUCAUCAGAUCUACAGCUAGGUCAUAUUCCUUCGAAACUGCUUGAUUUGUGCACAAAUAUGAUGUGAAGAGAGCAUCUCAGAAGCACCAUGUAAGUUUAUUAGCUUGGAUAAUAAUCAACUGAGGCAUGAUUAAGGGUUGGUGAUGUGUGUAGCUUGCAUGCCCUGCGGGGUGUGUACAUGGACCUUGUUUUCAAGGUACACUUUUUUAGUUUAGUUCAUGUACUGUUGAUAAAAAUCAAGUCAUUUUUUGAAAAGUCUAUGUAUAUCAAAUGUAAAGAUAGAAAUAAGUGUUUAUGAUCAGGACAACUCUUGAGGUUCUAUCAGACGUUCCCAUAAGCUGUUGUAAUGUUUACUUAUAUCUUUCGGGUAAUUGAUGGGAGUGGUUGUAUCAAUUAUCAUUCUGAAAUAUCUGGUUACUAAACGCAGUUCGUAGUCCAGGAAUGGUGUCUUGGACGAUAUUUAUGAACAAAACACUUGUUCUGAUAUUUCACUGUGAUAUUUCUUGGUGGAAUGUAUUUUUGUAUUGGUAUCUUUGUUGUUUUGACAAAACUUUCAAUCAUGUCUUUGGAGUCUUAGGAGGUUUGAUGUUUGUUUUGGGAAAAUACUUCUUUGAGGUCUUUGAAUCUGCACUAAAAUGAAAUGAUUUUGCAUCCAGUUACGCAAUCACAGGAAUGACCACUGAAGCCGAGUCUGGUGGUGACGACUAACCAUCUUUAACGUCAACCUGGCAAUCUAAAGAUGAGUGGGGAUUCAGAGUCCUUGUAAUUGUAUUGAACUGGACACGUGUUAUAUAUAAUAAGUGUAAUAGUAUUCUGGAUAUAUUUAUACAUGUUUUGAUUACAUAUAAGUUGCCUCUUUAUUUUCAUACUUGAACUGCACGAAGUAUUAUUCAAACCAUUCACCCCAUUUUCUAAUAGACACAUGAGAAUAGUGGAUUAGGUUAAGGCGAAGGUCCAAUUUUAGACCAAGAUGCCUUCUUUGAUGAUGAUCAUGAUUACGUUCUGUUGUUUUUGUUAAUUUCUAUUUCCAUCAUGAUUUGAAAUUCAAGUUAUUUCUAGAGUAUAUUAGGUGCUAAGCUGUAGCUUUCGAUCACAUUUGACCCCUAUUGGUCAUUUUGGGGCAGAUGACUCUACUGUCAUAGUGGGUGAGUUACAAAAAGUAGUCCAGGGGUUUCCUGUGGGGUCACUUACUGUGGUCAAGAUCACAUUCAGAUGGACAUUUAGAAGGCUUGCACUUUCUUUCAUGCAGGUAUUAAAGUAUUAUGAAUAGGCUAAAAAAAGAAUACAAAGUCUUAAACCAACUUGCUGCUGGGAGAGCACAUUUCAGUUAACACUUACUAUUAACUCUGAACCCUCAGAAAUAAAGGUUUUGAUCUCCAUAAAAGUUUUUCGGCCAACACAAAUGCCCCUCCCCCGUAAAGGUUAUUUGGUCAAAUGAAAAACAGCCAACGGUUUUGAGAUUGUGAAGAUCCUAUUAUACAAGUUACCCUCAGAAGACACUUUCAUGUCAUUUUGUGAUAUCAGUGAUGUUUGUGCACUUAACCAAAUGCCUAGAUGUAAUGUAUGAUCGUGAAAUAAAUGUCUUCAUUU